AUGACAAACAAUCAGCCAUCUCAAAAGCGACCUAUGGGUCUACGCAAAACCAAACAUAAUGGGUCGGACAACUCUACUGAUUUCGAUCUAGUAUCCAAACGUGCCAAGUUGGAUUCGACCUUGACAGAUUGCACAACUCAAAGUUUGACUGAUACCAACUCCAAAGCUACUCAGCCAAAACAACUUGAUACAGAUCAUGGAAUGGAUCAAAAUACAAUUAGUACUGAUGAAAUUCAAGACACUAUAAUUUUUGAAGUUGCUUCUGAAUCAGACGAGGUGGAAGAUGUUGAGCAAAUGCUUAUUCGUGGUCACACAGAUAUUGGUGAGUUUCAAUCGCUUCUUGAGGCUGGACAGGUUCAAGAGGGUAUUUUGCUUCUUCGUGGAUGUAUACAUGAAUGUGAUAAAAUGAUUCGUGUGCGUAAUGGCAAUAUUCCUAAAGCUACCAAAGAAGAGCAGCAACUUCAACAAGUUGCAAUAGCUGAAACUCCCACACUUUCUGCUAUGUUUUAUUGGGUAUAUGGUUGUGCAUUGUAUUAUCUCGGUCUGGCCGAAGCGCAAUCACAGACUUUGGCUGAAUCUGGUUCGGAGGAGUCGAAUCCUACUAAACUGGCCGAUUUUAUCGAGGCUGCUAUAGAUCGCCUUGAAACUGGACUCGAGUUGGGAGAAAAUGAUCCUGUCGCAAUUUGCAAGAUCAAUGGUUUUCUUGGUAAAAUCAAAAUGCACAAGAUUUCUCUUGUUUUUGAAACGCCUAAAGUAGUUGAGCAACUUUUGAACGAAUGUCAGGUGCAUUUUUCCAUUGUACUUGAUUCCAAACUGGAGGAUAAGGUUACUUGGAUUUCAAUGAUGUCUGAUAUUGCUCAGAUCUGCUAUAACUACUCGGAGAAAGAUGACAUCAAAUUGGAAGAUAAAAAACAGUUGACCGAGUUUUCUCAGAAAAUCUGGAAAAUAAUCCUUAAAGAAGACGAUAGGGAUGUCAAUUCAUUAGUUGGGUUAGGAUCUGCAUUGUUGGCAACUGCUGAUGAAUUGAUUGAGGCGGCUGAGCAAAACGAGUCUGAGGAUCAGUUGGAAGACGCACUUUCUUUGCUUUUACAAGCUGCUCAUUACUUUAGAUCAGCUCUUGAUCUUACCCAAGACCAAGACAAAGUCAAUGUUCCUGUUUUAUGCUUACUAGGAGAAACGUGUAUCCAUCUUGGCAACUUGAACGAAGAUGACGAUGAACAAAGUAUAAAUAGCCAGACAGCUGUUUCAUUUUAUAUAGAAGCAGUUCAAUCGUUUAACAAAGUGCAGCAAUCAGAUCCUGAAGCACUUCCAGCCCAGUUUGCAGAAUUCUUGCAAGAAUGGGAUGCCGAUAUGCACUAA